GAUUCUGUGAAGCUGAUCAGUGCAGCUUGCAGUAAAAUAGAGAAGGAGCAGACACGUUAUCGUCUUCCGGAUCAUUUUCCUGGUCAUCAUUGCUGGGAUGACAACGACUCACGAUAUCUGAUAUGUGAAGCAAACUACUGCAAACCGGAUAUUGUAACUAAAUUUGUUUAUCGUUUUCAUUUUUCUUUGUUGUGCCGGGCCGAAUUACUUGUUGUCGAUGUUUGUGACGACGGAAGAUGGCCUGCACAUGCAGGAUUUACAGCCGCGCCCGCAAAGCGCCGAGGCUUUGUUCAGCUGUGCUGUGCCGUAUAUCUACUUUAUUCAAAAGGUUAUUUUCUACGAUGA